AUGAAGCCAGGCAAGAGUGUAGAUACUAAGAACGAGAUAGUGGAGGUACACACGGCUGGUACAUCACCCUCUCCGAAACAGAAAAUUAAAAGAUCACGCAGUCGUUCUGGGUCCCGAAAAAUGUCCAAUGGGCAUAUGGGGACAGAAGAACCACCGGUGAUUGAAGAAUCUGGUGACAAAACUGAUAAGUCCAAACGUGACAGCUGGAUAAAAUCUGAACACGAGUCUUUAGACACAGAAUUACCUAUCCAUGAUCAAAUUAAACAAGGUAUUUUAGGUUUUGUUGAGAAAGAAUUUAAAAAGUCAGACAAGAAUCCAUCGUUUGUGUUCUAUUCUCAUGAUCCUAAUCAUAUGGAUGAGAAAUUCAUGAAGUCUCUGUCGAGACCUUCUAGUGGGCAUAAGGAGAAACGAAGUCCAUCUUACAGGAAGAAGAAAAGACACUCAUCAAGACAUAGAGAUAGAGACUUACAUGAUUUUGAAAUACCUGGCUCUAGCCUCAGUGCCUUGGAAAAGGUGGAUGAUUACCUUAAAGAAUAUAAUAAAGAAGAAGUAGUAACACUGAGUGGUGAACUAGAAAUAGAAGAAAAUGAUGUGGAGAAUAAUAAUGGUGUAUCCAGGGAGCUAAGACAUAAGCCGCGAAAGACGAGGCGGAAAGUCAGAGAUGAGAGGCAAGAUAGUAAUGCUAACGGUCGAGAUGUUAGCCCUAAGGUUUUUAAAAGCAAGAGUAAAUCUGGAACAAAACCAGUGCGACCCACAGACCUGACAACAAUGUUGGAAACUCUAGAAUCCAGCAUGCCAUACCAUGACCAGUACAUCGACAACCCGUUUUCAUCACCAUCACCCUUGACGUCUCCCAACGAUGAAAGAUUAGACCCCUUUGGCUCCAGAAGACCUGAGAAAAUAUAUAUGCAAGGAGGUGGUACAUUUAGAGCUGUAUCUAGAGACAGGAUUUUGGAGUCGCAGCAGUCUAGAGAUGGGGACAAAUAUUUAAGAUUAGGCGAUCUCACCCCUUUAGACGUGGCCUUGACACUGCAAAAAGCGUGGCGGAGUUGUGCGGUGGCCUGUCACGGCGUGCUCGGUGGGCUCUCCCUCAUGCACCUGCUGCUCAUCAGCUACUCGGACAGCUUAGACGCAGGGCACCUGUCGUUCCAUGCAGUGGUCACCAUGCCUUACGUGGCUACGUAUUACUUCUUCUGUGUUUUGUGUUUGCUCUCUGUUUUGGAUAGGUUGGAUAUUACAAGCAUCGACUUAACCCGUGGCCUGCAGCCGUACUUCCAACCCAUCGUGCUAGUCAUACUGUACACAGCAUGCCUUUUAGUCUGUACAGCUGCCAGAAUGUAUGACGAGUUGAUGGUCUAUCAGUACACGCCACUCGUUACCAAUUUUACCACCAACGUUACGACACCGACGAUACCAACAUUUUACCACACAUGGACACACUUUUCAAUAUGGCGGGCUGUCUUAUCUGUACUAGGGCUAGUAUACUUCAUAAUAUCUAGUCCUCCGGAUCUGGUAUUCACGAAUCUCAGUAAGUUAUUGCAGUUCAAACAUUCACUGCAGAGUAUUGGAUAA